AUGUCGAGCAACAACGAUGCUACUAAUCCCGAAGAGAAGGCCCGUAAGUGGACGCAACUAAACUCCAAACGCUACGGAGACAACAAGAGGAAGUUCGGAUACGUGCCAACACAGAAGGAAGACAUGCCACCCGAACACGUCAGAAAGAUAAUCAAAGACCACGACGACAUGUCAUCAUCAAAGAAGUUCAACCACGACAAACGCGUAUACCUAGGAGCUCUCAAAUUCGUCCCACACGCCGUCUUCAAGCUCCUCGAGAAUAUGCCUAUGCCUUGGGAACAGGUCCGUGACGUGAAGGUUUUGUACCACAUCACUGGAGCUAUCACAUUCGUUAACGAGAUUCCAUGGGUUGUUGAACCUCUCUACAUGGCUCAAUGGGGAACCAUGUGGAUCAUGAUGAGGAGGGAGAAGAGAGAUCGUCGUCACUUUAAAAGAAUGAGGUUUCCUCCGUUUGAUGACGAGGAGCCUCCUCUUGACUAUGGAGAGAAUUUGCUAGACGUGGAACCUCUAGAGCCGAUUCAGAUGGAGCUUGACGAGGAGGAGGAUUGUGCUGUUUACUCUUGGUUUUACGACCACAAGCCGUUGGUGAAAACGAAACUCAUCAACGGUCCUAGUUACCGGAGAUGGAAUCUCUCGCUUCCGAUCAUGGAGACGCUUCACCGCCUUGCGGGACAGUUGCUGUCUGAUAAUAUAAUUGACAGAAACUACUUUUACUUGUUUGACAAGCAAGCCUUCGCCACGGCGAAGGCUUUGAACAUGUGUAUACCUGGCGGUCCUAAGUUUGAGCCUCUGUACCGUGAUAUGGAGGAAGGUGAUGAGGAUUGGAAUGAGUUUAAUGACAUCACUAAACUUAUUAUUCGCUCUCCUUUGAGAACUGAAUACAGAGUAGCUUUUCCGCAUUUGUAUAAUAACAGGCCGAGGAAGGUUAAACUCUGUGUUUAUCAUAGCCCUAUGGUUAUGUAUAUAAAGACUGAAGAUCCUGAUUUUCCUGCUUUUUAUUAUGAUCCGUUGAUUCACCCAAUAAGGCGGGAAAAGAAGGAUGAUGAUGAUGAGGAGGAUGAGUUUACAUUACCUGAAGGAGUUGAGCCUUUGUUAAAAGACACAGAACUAUACACAGACACUACAUCAGCUGGAAUCUCUUUAUUGUUUGCUCCACGACCUUUCAAUACGAGAUCUGGUAAGACACGACGGUCCGAAGACAUCCCACUAGUAUCAGAAUGGUUCAAGGAGCAUUGUCCUCAAUCUUAUCCAGUUAAAGUUCGUGUUAGUUACCAAAAGCUUUUGAAAUGCUACGUGUUGAACGAGUCACACCACAAGCCACCAAAAUCUCAGAACAAGAAGCAUUUAUUCCGCUCUCUUGCAGCUACAAAGUUUUUCCAAAGCACCGAACUAGACUGGGUCGAAGCGGGUCUACAAGUCUGUCGCCAAGGACACAACAUGUUGAACCUUCUGAUUCACAGGAAGGGUUUGAACUACUUGCAUCUUGACUACAACUUCAACCUGAAGCCUGUGAAGACUUUAACCACCAAAGAGAGAAAAAAGUCACGUUUCGGUAACGCUUUUCAUCUCUGCCGCGAGAUUCUCCGGUUGACGAAACUUGUCGUCGACGCAAACGUACAGUUCAGACUCGGUAACGUUGACGCAUUCCAGUUAGCUGAUGGGCUUCAGUAUAUAUUCUCCCACGUUGGUCAGUUAACCGGUAUGUACCGGUACAAGUACAGACUCAUGAGGCAGAUUAGGAUGUGCAAAGACCUAAAGCAUUUGAUUUAUUACCGGUUCAACACCGGUCCUGUUGGUAAAGGACCCGGGUGUGGGUUUUGGGCACCGAUGUGGAGAGUUUGGUUGUUUUUCCUACGAGGAAUCAUUCCUCUUCUUGAACGGUGGUUAGGGAAUCUCCUAAGUCGUCAGUUCGAAGGGCGUCAAGGAGUUGCUAAGACGGUCACAAAGCAGAGAGUUGAGAGCCAUUUUGAUUUGGAGCUUCGAGCAGCCGUCAUGCAUGACGUUCUUGACGCAAUGCCUGAAGGUAUCAGGCGAAACAAAGCGAAGACGGUGUUGCAACAUCUUAGUGAAGCAUGGAGAUGUUGGAAAGCGAAUAUCCCUUGGAAGGUUCCUGGUUUACCUGUACCGGUUGAGAAUAUGAUUCUCCGUUACGUUAAGUCUAAAGCUGAUUGGUGGACUAACGUUUCUCAUUACAACCGUGAGCGUAUCAGAAGAGGAGCGACGGUUGAUAAAACUGUUUGUAAGAAAAACAUGGGGAGGUUAACUCGUCUUUGGUUAAAAGCAGAACAAGAACGGCAGCAUAAUUAUCUUAAAGAUGGUCCUUAUAUUAGUUCAGAAGAAGCGGUGUCGAUUCACACGACGACGUUUCAUUGGUUGGAGUCAAGGAAGUUUUCUCCAAUUCCGUUUCCUCCUUUGUCUUACAAACACGACACGAAGCUGUUGAUCCUAGCGCUUGAGAGACUUAAGGAAUCAUACGUUGGUGGUGUGAGGUUGAACCAGCAGCAGAGAGAGGAGCUUGGUUUAAUCGAACAAGCUUACGACAAUCCUCAUGAGGCUUUGACACGUAUCAAACGUCUCCUUCUCACGCAACGUACCAUGAAAGAGGUUGGGAUACAGUUUAUGGAUCUCUACAGCUACUUGAUACCAGUUUACGAGAUUGAUCCUCUGGAGAAGAUCACCGACGCGUAUCUUGAUCAGUACUUGUGGUACGAAGGUGAUAAGCGUCGUUUGUUUCCGAAUUGGAUCAAGCCAGCAGACUCAGAGCCGCCACCGCUUCUGGUUUAUAAAUGGUGUCAAGGUGUUAAUAAUUUGCAAGGGGUUUGGGACACUGGUGAUGGACAGUGUGUGGUGAUGCUUCAGACCAAGUUUGAAAAGUUUUUCGAGAAGAUUGAUUUGACUAUGCUGAAUAGGCUUCUACGUUUGAUUCUUGACCAUAAUAUCGCGGAUUAUAUGUGUGCCAAGAAUAACGUGGUUUUGGCUUAUAAAGACAUGAGUCAUACUAACACGUACGGUCUCAUCAGGGGGAUUCAGUUUGCGUCGUUUGUUGUUCAGUUUUACGGACUGUCGCUUGAUCUUCUACUUCUUGGUUUGACUCGAGCUAGUGAAAUCGCUGGACCGCCGGAGAGGCCUAACGAGUUUACGACGUUUUGGGAUACAAAAGUGGAGACACGUCACCCUAUAAGACUUUAUUCUCGGUAUGUAGAUAAAGUUCAUAUAGUGUUUAGGUUUACACACGAAGAGGCUAAAGAUCUUAUUCAGCGGUAUCUAACGGAGCAUCCUGAUCCAAACAAUGAAAACAUGGUGGGGUACAAUAAUAAAAAGUGUUGGCCUAGAGAUGCGAGGAUGAGGCUGAUGAAACAUGAUGUUAAUCUCGGUAGAAGUGUGUUUUGGGGUAUGAAGAAUCGUUUACCUAGGAGCAUUACAACUUUGGAGUGGGAGAAUGGUUUUGUUUCUGUAUAUAGUAAGGAUAAUCCUAACCUUUUAUUCAGCAUGUGUGGGUUUGAAGUUCGGUUACUUCCGAGAAUCAGGAUGAUGAUGACGACGCAAAGCAAUGCAAGAGAUGGUGUGUGGAAUCUGCAGAAUGAAGAGACGAAAGAGAGGACAGCAACUGCUUUCCUCCGUGUUGAUGAUGAACACAUGAAAGUGUUUGAGAAUCGUGUGAGGCAGAUUCUCAUGUCUUCAGGAUCAACCACUUUUGUCAAGAUUGUAAACAAGUGGAACACGGCUUUGAUUGGUCUCAUGACUUACUUCCGUGAAGCUACGGUGCAUACGCAAGAGCUUUUGGAUCUUUUAGUCAAGUGUGAGAACAAGAUCCAAACGAGGAUUAAGAUAGGGCUAAACUCAAAGAUGCCUACUCGGUUUCCUCCUGUUAUCUUCUACGCUCCAAAGGAGCUUGGUGGUCUAGGAAUGUUGUCAAUGGGUCAUAUUCUAAUCCCACAGAGCGAUCUUAAACACAGCAAGCAGACAGAUGUUGGUGUAACACACUUUAGAAGUGGGAUGAGCCAUGAGGAAGAUCAACUUAUACCAAAUCUCUACCGUUACAUUCAGCCAUGGGAAAGCGAGUUUAUCGAUUCACAACGUGUAUGGGCAGAGUACGCUUUAAAGAGGCAAGAAGCACAAUCCCAAAACAGACGUCUCACGCUUGAAGAUCUUGAAGACUCUUGGGAUAGAGGAAUCCCACGUAUAAACACUCUGUUUCAAAAAGAUAGACACACGUUAGCGUAUGAUAAAGGUUGGAGAGUUCGGACAGAGUUUAAGCAGUACCAAAUCCUUAAACAAAACCCUUUCUGGUGGACACAUCAGAGACACGAUGGGAAGUUAUGGAACUUGAAUAAUUACCGAACUGAUGUUAUCCAAGCACUUGGAGGCGUUGAAGGUAUUCUUGAGCAUACGUUAUUUAAAGGGACUUAUUUCCCAACGUGGGAGGGUCUUUUCUGGGAGAAGGCAUCUGGUUUUGAGGAGUCUAUGAAACACAAGAAGCUGACAAAUGCGCAAAGGUCUGGUCUAAACCAGAUUCCAAACAGAAGAUUCACGCUUUGGUGGUCGCCAACGAUUAAUAGAGCGAAUGUUUAUUUAGGUUUCCAAGUGCAGUUGGAUCUUACAGGAAUAUUCAUGCAUGGGAAGAUUCCUACGCUUAAGAUAUCUCUGAUUCAGAUAUUCCGUGCACAUUUAUGGCAAAAGAUACACGAGAGUGUUGUGAUGGAUCUUUGCCAAGUUUUGGACAAGGAGUUGGAAGCUUUGGAGAUAGAAACUGUUCAGAAAGACACUAUUCAUCCAAGGAAGAGUUAUAAAAUGAACAGCUCUUGCGCUGAUGUUCUUCUAUUCGCUGCUCAUAACUGGCCAAUGUCGAAACCUAGUCUCCUCGCAGAGUCUAGAGACUUGUUUGAUCAGAGAGCGAGUAACAAGUAUUGGAUCGAUGUACAACUUCGUUGGGGAGAUUAUGACUCUCAUGAUAUUGAGCGUUACACCAGGGCUAAAUUUAUGGAAUACACAACGGAUAACAUGUCUAUCUAUCCAUCUCCAACCGGUGUAGUGAUUGGGAUUGAUCUCGCGUAUAACUUGUAUUCCGCAUAUGGUAAUUGGUUUACUGGUUCAAAGCCUCUUGUCACUCAAGCGAUGGACAAGAUUAUGAAGUCGAAUCCUGCUCUAUACGCGUUGAGGGAUAGGAUAAGGAAAGGUUUGCAGUUAUACUCGUCUGAGCCAACGGAGCCAAAUUUAUCAUCUCAAAACUAUGGUGAAAUGUUCAACGAUCAGAUUAAAUGGUUUGUGGAUGAUACUAAUGUCUACCGUGUGACAAUUCACAAGACUUUUGAAGGGAAUUUAACAACUAAGCCUAUCAAUGGUGCGGUUUUUAUUUUCAAUCCGAGGACAGGACAGCUGUUUCUCAAGGUUAUUCACACAAGUGUUUGGGCUGGUCAGAAGCGGCUUAGUCAGUUAGCGAAGUGGAAAACUGCUGAAGAGGUUGCUGCGCUUGUGAGGUCUCUCCCUGUUGAAGAACAGCCGAGGCAAAUGAUUGUUACUCGUAAAGGAAUGCUUGAUCCUCUCGAGGUUCACUUGCUUGAUUUUCCUAAUAUUGUUAUCAAGGGAAGCGAGCUGCAGCUUCCGUUCCAGGCUUGUCUCAAGAUAGAGAAGCUUGGUGAUAUGAUUCUGAAGGCUACAGAGCCGAAGAUGGUUUUGUUUAAUAUCUAUGAUGAUUGGUUGAAGAGUGUUUCUUCUUAUACAGCGUUUUCGAGACUAGUUCUGAUCCUACGUGCGCUACAUGUGAAUCACGACAAGGCUAAGAUGUUGUUGAAGCCAGACAAGACUGUUGUCACUGAGGCGCAUCACAUGUGGCCUUCACUCAGUGAUGAGCAAUGGAUGAAGGUGGAGGCAGCAUUAAAAGAUGUUAUCCUUUUCGACUACGCGAAGAAGAAUAAUGUUAACACGUCGGCGCUGACGCAAUCGGAGAUUAGAGAUGUUAUUCUAGGAGCUGAGAUCACUCCACCUUCUCAACAGAGGCAACAGAUAGCUGAGAUUGAGAAACAAGCGAGACAGAGUGAUGCAGUUACAACCAGAACGACAAAUGUUCAUGGUGAUGAGCUUAUUGUCUCAACCGUAACCCCUUACGAGCAAGCUGCAUUUAGUUCCAAGACGGAUUGGCGUGUGCGUGCAAUAUCAGCAACCAACCUCUACCUUAGAGUCAACCACAUCUACGUGAACUCAGAUGAUAUAAAGGAGUCAGGAUACACAUACAUCAUGCCAAAGAACAUUCUGAAGAAGUUCAUAUGCAUAGCGGAUCUUCGAACUCAAAUCGGUGGAUUCUUGUAUGGUAUCAGCGCUCCAGGUAAUCCUCAAGUGAAGGAGAUACGUUGCAUUGUGAUGGUGCCGCAGCGGGGAAGCUCCCAUGUUGUUCACCUACCGUCGUCUCUCCCUGAGAAUGAUUUAUUAAACGAUCUUGAGCCGUUGGGAUGGUUGCACACGCAGCCUAACGAGCUCCCACAACUUUCACCGCACGAUGUUAUCUCUCAUUCACGGAUUAUGGAGAAGAAUAAUAAGCAGUGGGAUGGAGAAAAAUGUAUCAUCAUGACGUGUAGUUUCACUCCGGGGUCAUGCUCUUUGACGGCUUAUAAGUUGACACAAAGUGGAUAUGAGUGGGGACGGCUCAACAAGGACACAGGGAAUAGUGAUCCUUACGGUUACGUUCCUAGACAUUAUGAGAAGGUUCAGAUGCUGUUGAGUGAUUGUUUUCUUGGGUUUUAUAUGGUUCCGGAAAACGGAUCUUGGAACUAUAAUUUUAUGGGAGCCAAGCAUACGGUGGACAUGAGGUGCAGCGUCAAACUUGGUAACCCGAAGGAGUACUUUGAUGUGGAGCAUCGACCCACUCAUUUCCUGGAGUUCAGCAACAUGGAGGAUGUUGAGAUGGCUGAGGGAGAUCGAGAGGACAUCUUUGGUUGA